AUGGUCUCCAGCGGCUGCAAGUUGACUGUUGCUGCACGUUGGUGGUACGCCCGUUCGGAGAUACCAGACGAUCGGAGGUUGAGGAUGGUAAAUUCAUCGCCGGAUGUAAAAGCAUUGUUUAAUGCUCCUGCAUACAUAUACGAUCUGGAGGAGCAUGAGGACUCUCAAUCAACACAUGGUCCGCCAGGAACGGGCCUCGACUGCUGGACACCGCUAUCCCGAUCGCGACAGGGGCCACAAGAGGUCACUGCGGAAUACUCGCGGAAUACUCGGGAUGGCUUUACUGCUAUGCGCGGAGAGCCGAGUGGUAGCUGA